AUGGUAACAAAUAACAAGUGGGAGGACGAAGGGCGCGAGGUCGGACGGGGAAAGCCCAGGAUGUUUGUCCGUCGUGUGAGUCCGUCAGUGAGUCGUUUUCGUUUGUAUGCUGAGGUGUCAGGUGUGAAUUUUGAAUGUUUUUUGAUGCCUCGGUGUCCAUUGCAGUGCUGGACAUCGGUGGUCCGAUGA